AAGUCACUUCUCUGCUGAUUUACAGACGCUUCGAAAUAAAACAAACAAAUUGUUAGUGUAGGUAAAUGUUUCGUUUGCUGUCCGGAACUGAGCCGCAAUCAUACUCCGGCCAUCUUCAGGAGCCCAUAAGCUUACGGGAUGAGCUCCGCUUCAGUGGACUGGGCUUACACCAUCAUACUCCCACGGACUUCCUGCGAUCGCAAUGGCAGAGUGGACCGAAAUCUUCUGUUUUCCUGGUUUAUCGAUGGCUUUUAGGCGGAUUCUUUGGCACUGGCGUGGUCAGUUGUAUCUAUCAGUACUACAAUAACGGGAAUUUUUUCAUUUUUUUGACCAACUGGGGAUUUGUGUUGUGCGGCAUUACCAGUAUUAGCGGAGCCAUACUUGUGACUAUCUAUCACUACAAGCCGGAAACCUGGGUUCCCCCGUCCUGCUGGCUAAAGAUCUAUUGGGUCUGCUAUUGGAUCAACAUCUCAUUGGCGUGCUUGAUCGCAGUUGCCUAUUGGACAGCCAUAUAUCCCAAGGAUCGUGUGAUAACUAAUCCGACUCGGGUUUCGGAUUUGUUUAACAUAUGGACUCACUUGCUGCCACCUGUUUUCUUCACCAUCGAUAACUUUGUGGUGGCGCAACCGGCCCGCCUUCUUCACUUUGUCUAUCCACUGGCAUUCCUCCAUUUGUACGGAAUUUUUGCAAUAAUAUUCUAUGCCCGGGGCGGUCGUAACUUAGAUGGAAAACACUAUAUAUAUCCUUUUUUAAAUUUUGCUAAGCCAAAGCUAGUUUUGAGAACCGUAUCCUGGCUCAGUAUUAUGUUGGUGUCCCUGUCUAGUCUGCAGUAUGGAGUCUAUCGACUACGCAAUUUCAUAGCACGCAGGAUGGGGAAACUUUUGUGAUGGUUUUGAUACUGUGCUGCUCUUCUCAUAACUGCAUUAAACUGUUGCGUGCCGAAUCUUUAGAAAUAAGCUUGCAGACAGACAAAUAGCUAGUGUGCAUAGAAUAUAAGUGCUCCGACUAAGAGGUACCCCCUUAAAAAAGUAUUGUAUUUCUAAAAAAUAAUCUAAAAUAAUAAUAAAUACUAUUCUAGGCUAAAGACAA